GGGAUCGGGGCGGUGACAGAGCUGGCACUGGUUGAAAGGAGUAGCGCGGUAAGAGGCUCCAGCGAAAGCUUAGAAAUAACCGAGGUGGUGUGAUCGCCUCCUGAGUUGUUCAGUUCAGUCAGGAGGGAGAAGCCUGGUGAGUAGGCCCGAGUGGAGAUGAAUGACCAAACGGUCCCGGAGACGGCGGCGGACGAUGGCGGGCGGAGAGCCAGCUUGAUCGAGGAGCCUCCACCACCGCCGCCGAUGAUCAGCGUGGACAUCGCCGGGGUCCUGCUGCAGUUCUCCAAGACUUUUGUCAUCGUCUUCCCGGUCUACGUCCUCGGCUACCUGGGGUUGAGCUUCAGCUGGGUCCUCAUCGGGCUUCUCGUCUUCUUCUGGUGGCGGAGGAACCGGGGCAACAAGCGCUCCCGCCUGUUCCGGGCGCUGGCGUUCCUGGAGCACGAAGAGAAAACUCUGCAGGAGAACAUCCAGAGCACCGACCUCCCGGCUUGGGUUCACUUCCCAGAUGUGGAGCGGGUGGAAUGGCUAAACAAGACAGUUAAACAAAUGUGGCCAUAUAUCUGCCAAUUUGUGGAGAAAUUGUUGAAAGAAACCAUUGAACCAGCUGUGAGGGGAGCAAACAGUCAUCUUAGUACCUUCAACUUCACAAAGGUUGACAUGGGAAACAAGCCUCUGCGGAUUGAUGGGGUUAAAACGUACACGGAAAACAUAGAUAGCAGGCAAAUUAUUUUGGACCUUCAAAUCAGCUACGUCGGAAACUGUGAGAUUGACCUUGAGAUUAAGAGGUACUUCUGCAGAGCUGGUGUGAAAAGUAUACAGCUGAAUGGUAUAAUUCGCGUGAUUCUUGAACCCUUGAUUGGUGACAUGCCAUUGGUUGGAGCACUAUCACUCUUCUUUCUCCGCAGGCCUUUGCUUGAAAUUAAUUGGACAGGACUAACAAAUCUUCUGGACGUCCCAGGUCUGAAUGGCAUGUCAGAUACGAUCAUCCUUGAUAUCAUUUCCAACUAUCUGGUUUUGCCCAAUCGGAUCACAGUACCGCUGGUUGAUGAGGUGCAGCUGGCUGAAUUGCGUUUUCCUGUACCGAAAGGGCUUUUGAGAAUACACUUCAUUGAAGCUCAGGAUCUGCAAUGGAAGGACAAGUUCAUGAAGGGACUUGUGAAAGGAAAAUCUGAUCCAUAUGGUAUUCUAUACAUUGGUAACCAGAUGUUCCAAAGUAAGACUAUCAAAGAAAACCUUAAUCCAAAAUGGAACGAGGUCUAUGAGGCACUAAUUUAUGAAAGUCCUGGUCAAGAACUUGAGAUUGAACUUUUUGAUGAAGAUCCAGACAAAGAUGAUUUCCUUGGCAGCCUUAUGAUUGACCUCGCUGAAGUUCAGAAGCAACAGCUUGUUGAUCAGUGGUUCGAUUUGGAUGAGGUGAGCAUUGGAAAGCUGCACUUGAAGUUCGAGUGGCUCUCUCUGCUGUCAGCGGCCAACAAGCUGCCAGAGGCAAUGGCCAGCACCAAAGCUAUUAAAGGAUCAGCCAAUGACGGGCUUUCCUCUACUUUACUCAUCAUCUACCUCGACUCUGCCAGGAAUCUCCCAAAUGUCUACGAAGGAAACUUUGGGUCUGGAUACUUACGAGAGAGGAGAGCAGCAGGACUAGUCUUUUGUGAAAAUACUAGCUCAAUCUUUAGAGACAUUUUUCGCAAUCCAUUUGAAUUUAACCUUGACGGCUUGAAGAGGGCUAAUAUUUCCAAAUCACUGAAGUUUGCGAAAAAAAUGAACAGUGAGCCUAACCCAUUUGUUCAGUUGUCAGUGGGACAUACCACAUACGAAAGUAAGAUCCGAUAUCGGACCACUGAGCCUGUCUGGGAAGAAGCAUUUACUUUCCGUAUUCAUAAUCCGCUGACUGUGGACCUGGAUAUUGAGGCUAAGGAUGACCAUCACCAAUGCUCGCUAGGUUCAUUUAACCUACCUCUUAAAAAUUUGCUGGAGGCUGAAGAUCUAACAAUGGACCAGCGAUUCCAGUUGAACAAUUCAGGUCCUAAUAGCACUCUCAAGAUGAAGAUCAUGCUUAGAAUCCUUGGUCUUGAAAAGCGAGACAAGACUCUAGACCAUUCAUCAGCUCAGCUCAAGAAGCAGCCAUCUCAUAGCAAAGAUAAUCGGAAGCCGGCGUCAAAAGUGCCAUUGGUCCCCCCCUCAGAGUCAAGUAAACCCUCUCCCACUUCUCCCGCUGCUGACAGCAUCAAAAGUCCUGAAAAGACAGACAAGCUGGAGAACUACAGCACUGCUUCCCUGAGCCCACAGAGGCCUGCCAAUCUUCAACAAACUGCAUCAGCUAACACCAAUUCCAGCCAAACAGGCUCUCCAUCUCAUCUUUCUGCUAAAGAACCAACUCCGAGCAUUGCCUCUGAUGUAUCUCUACCCUUCGCCACGCAGGAGUUACACCAGAGACUGCGGCAACUCCAAAAUGGAACAACUCUUGGUCAAUCACCAUUGGGUCAGAUUCAACUAACACUUCGACACAGUUCUCAAAGAAACAAACUCAUUGUAGUUGUGCAUGCUUGCCGUAAUUUAAUAGCUUUUUCUGAAGAUGGCUCAGAUCCAUAUGUUCGAUUGUAUUUACUGCCUGAUAAAAGAAGAUCUGGAAGGAGAAAAACAUCUGUGCUGAAGAGACAGUUAAAUCCAGUCUAUGAUGAAACAUUUGAGUUUAUUGUGUCCCAGGCAGAGGUACAGAAAAGAACUCUGGAUGUAGCUGUAAAGAACAGUGGUGGCUUUUUAUCGCGGGACAAAGGGCUUCUGGGAAAGCUUCUAAUGGAAAUGACAGAGGAGGUGAUUAAAGGCUCAACACAAUGGUAUGAUUUAACAGAGGAUGGGACCAGGCACCAACCUCAGGCCUAGAGAAUGCACUAACACAGUGUCGUUACCAUUGGCCACCCAAGCUUUUAGCAGGUUUCUUUUUAAACAAACGUAUCCCAGGAGCUCCAGCAUCGCCCCUGAAACUUUGCACAUGUGCCACUAGAUCACAAAAGAUGUCACCCUCUCAUAAAUAGUUUACUGAGUUAUAGCACUGCUUGCUGCAUAUUUUUAAAACACUUUUAUUCGUGAAGUAAUUUUUAAAAUUAUUUUUCAUCAAAACAAUGACUGACAUAUCACUCAUGGUUGUAAAGUGGAUAAACUGUGGUGUAUGUACUGACUAUCCUUUGUCAAAAGAAAAUAUCUUUACUGUACAAGACUGUAAUAUACGGUGUGAGGCAGAAAGUGAAUCCAGGAUUACUUCAGCCUUGUUUUCUGUAGGUUUGCAAUGUAUAACAUGUAAAUACAGCAAGUGUAAUUGCUAUAUUGUUAUGUGUUCUCAGACAUUUGUGAAGGAUACAGAAGGGAGAAUGUUCCAUUUAUUGAAGUAACAAACAUUGCAUGUCUCACUGAGCAAUUGCCUCAUGCUUUUACAGUAGCCUUGCAGCAUAUAGUUCUGCAUUAGAAGCAUGUGCUAUGAUGUGAAAUAUGUCGGCUUUAUUGACUUGUCGUUCAACUCUCACAUCACGUUGUGUACUUACCAGUGCAGUUGUGAGGAGCUGAAAGCUAAGGAGGCAGAAACCUGCACUUUACAAUUGUGAAUCUUGAGUAAUAACUAUGGGAAUUUAGUAGUAACUAUUUAUAUUAGUUUAAUUUUGUUUUUAUUUUGGAGAUUUAAUCAUCAUAUUUUUAGUCAGUUCUUAUCCCUAUAUUAUUCACUGCCUUCUGUCUUUUGUAGUUUUGCCUUGCCCUGGGGAGCUCCCAGAGUAUUCACUCAGUGCUUAAUGACCAUCAAGACAAACAGCUUCCCUGAUUCUAGAUCUCCUCUAAAUCUAUUCUUCAUUGAAUUGAUGGGAGAUGUGGCAAUUGCAUGCUUUGUUUUCUUCACCUGUAUACAUGACAUCAAAAUGAAAGCAUGCGGGAGAGUGUAAAUUGCAUACUGACAGGCAUACUGUCGGAGUACUAGUACAUUAUAUCUAAAAAUGUAUUAAAACUAUUAAUGCUUUGUAGUAUUUCAGAUGUACUGACAUCUUCUAUCAGUGUAUGAAAGUUUAAUUCAACACAAUUGAAUCAAAAGUUAAGUAAAAGGUUCAAAAACCGACCAUGAAGUAAGUUAUUGUUUGAUUUUGGAUAUUAGAAGAUAUUCUAGCUUUGAGUUAUAGAAGCAGAAUAUUUUUAGGUUUUAUUGUGCUGUGUCUCACAGUUAGUAUGUCAAUUCUGGGAUCACAGUAUAAUGAGAAUGUCUCUGUCUCUUAAAAGUAUACUGACUUACUAAUCGUGAGACAAUGCACAUUUAACAUCAAAUCUCAAACCCCUAAAAAUGAUUCAGUUCACUUGCCAUUUUGUUUCAGUUAACCAGAAAUUUAAUCGUGUUAUAAAUGCUGCAAUGCUAUUUUAUAUCCCAAGCACCUGUUUAGCGGAAUACAUUCUCUCAAACAGUUCUAAACAGAACAGUUAACUUCAUCCUGUGGUAUCAAGAUUAUUGUUGUAUAAGUAAUGUUCCAAGGCAAAAGUGGUAUUAAAUGUAACAAGUAUUGAGUUAUGUUGACAAAAUCCAGGUCACUGAUAGAAAACCAGAAGGUCAGUUAUUUGUACCUUUUAAACAAUGUAGUUCACAAUUAUUUCAUUUUUCUUGGUACAGUGUUUAUUUCCAACUAUAUGCAGAACUUUUCCCUUUUUAUAAGAAAUGAAAAAUAAUUUCUACAAUCAUGUUUUAAUUCCAUUUUAUUUCAUUUAGAUGAUCUGAUUUUAAACAUUGCAAACAAGAGUUGACUACUUCAUAAUGUCAAUAAAACAGAAUAAUUAUCUUCUAAAAGUACUUGCCCCCCGCAUUGAUGAUUAAUCAUUCCCCAGGCGCUCUAGCAUUUCAAUUCAAAUGUGUUGAGGAUUCUUAUUCUUAACAAGAAAAUCAUAAGCAUCAACAAAAUGGAAUUUACAUUUGCAGUAAUUUUUGUUCACAGAUAAUUCUGUCCCAUUGAAUGCAAAAUAAUAUUAGAGAUUACAUGCAAUUGCAUUAAGUGCACUGUGUGACUGGUGUUAAUUCUGUAAUAUUAGUGUUCACUUCUCAAGAAUGGAAUAAUGCAGCUGAAUCAGUCGAGUCUAAUGCUUCAAGCUACCAUUGUCUGCUCUGUGCAGGUAUUAUUGUGCCUUAAGUAUAAAUGUAUUAAGAUAUUAUGAAAACAAUUUCAUGUUUGAAGAUCAUUAUACUUCACAGAUUUUUGGGGUUUUUAGCUGUCAUAUUUAUGAUAUUUACUUUGCAGAAUUAUUAAUGCUAGAAAAUAAAGUUUCUUUCUUACAUGUUAUUCAUCAGGAUGAAGGCCUCUUUGUUUUACCCAAAUGAUACUGUCAGUCUUUUUUUCUACAAUUGCAUAUCCCCAGUGUGUUCGUUUUAGUAUUAUUUAGGACCAUCUACAACUUGGCAAGUUUGGAAAUGUCACCAUCAUCUAAGAAAGAUCUGUUGGCUUGCGAUACACGAUGGACUAUUUUCCUCCAGCCUGUAGAUUGACUUGCUUAUGAUUAUAUAUUGUAAAACAUUAUUCGAAUGCUGACGAAUGGGAAAUUCAGAGGCGAAUAAUUAACGGCAAGGGAGAUAAAAAGCCACAGUCUAUUUUAUCAUUGUUUGGAAACUUAAGACUUUUGAGCAUGUUGUUUUCAUUCUAAAUAUUUUCAAGUUUUGUUUUCUGGCAAUUCCAAUGUUCAGUAAUUGAAUUGUUUUUAUGUCAACUGUAUAUGCAAAAGCAAUAUACAGUAAUUAAAACUAUUAAGAAAUGGAUUUGCUUUAUUCUUUUGCAAUUCAUAAGGACACUUGAAAUAAAAAUAUUAGUUGUAAAUGUAAA